AUGAUUGUUGAUAAUUUAAAAAAUCUUAUUUUAAGCAAAAACUCUAAUCAAGGAGUUACCCCAAAUGCCUCUAUCGGUUUUAGAUCGAAUAAAUAUGGCUCAAAUAUAGUUUGCGAGUCUGAUUCGAUACAAAUUAAAGCAACUCCUACUAUUACCUUCACUUAUACAAAACCUGGUUAUAAUAAAACUUAA